UUCGUUUCAUUAAUAAGUUUUCUACUGAUGUCUGUACAGUCUGGCAAGUCAGCAUCUGUAGACUUCUGGUGUUGGGAUGAAGUAGUUCGCAAGACUAAAUCUACAGUUCUUGUUCUUGAGUCUCUGAGAUCAGAACAACAGCAGAUAUCUGCUGAUUUAGAUUUAAUAGCGAAUUCGAAAGACGCCGAUCAGCACGAUAUUUUAUAUGCCAAGGAAAAAGCAUCUUCUUUGGAUUCAAUCAUUCAAAAAAUUUGUAAAGGUUUGGAUGAUGCCAACGUUGUAAUAUUAUUUUGUGACUACCUUCAAAAAGUAGAAGCAGAAAAACAAAAGUUACGGUAUCAGAGUCGUCGGCUUUUUCAGGAGAACUCUUGGUUGAGAGAUGAACUUGCGGUUGCCCAAGAAGCACAUAGGAAAAGUGAACUAAAGAUAGUUCAACUUGAAGAAGAAGUAAAGCAUCUUCAAUUUAGCAGUGAAUUGCGGAAAUAUGACUCUUCUGAACCUGUGGAAUCCUCGGGACUAACCGAUGGUGAGAAAAACAAUGAUAAAACUGCCCUUGAUCUUGGGUUUCCUCCUGAUGAUAAAGAAGAAGGAGAUCAAUAUGGAAUGACACAGAGUCAAACUGUCUCCAUGUCACAGGGUGUUCAUAAUUACGAAAUACCAACGCGUUUGCGAACACUUCAUAAUUUGGUAAUACAGUAUGCUAGUGAAGGUCGUUAUGAAGUAGCGGUCCCACUGUGCAAACAAGCUUUAGAGGAUCUCGAAAGGAACAGUGGACGCAAUCACCCUGAUGUUGCGACAAUGCUGAAUAUUUUAGCUCUUGUAUAUCGUGAUCAAGGAAAAUACAGAGAAGCUGCAACAUUAUUGAAUGAUGCCCUAACGAUUCGAGAAAAGACGUUGGGACCUGAACAUCCUGCUGUGGCUGCGACUUUAAACAACUUGGCUGUGCUUUAUGGUAAACGUGGAAAAUAUAAAGAGGCGGAACCAUUGUGUAAAAGGGCUUUGCUAAUUAGGGAGAAUGUUUUGGGGCAGGAUCAUCCGGAUGUUGCUAAACAGUUAAAUAAUUUGGCUUUAUUGUGUCAAAACCAAGGGAAGUAUGAAGAGGUGGAGUUGUACUAUCAACGAGCCUUGGAAAUUUAUAUACACGAUCUCGGACCAGACGAUCCAAAUGUAGCUAAAACUAAAAAUAAUUUAGCUUCAGCCUAUCUUAAACAAGGUAAAUAUGCUGAAGCUGAAAAAUUGUAUAAAGAGGUACUUACACGAGCUCAUGAAAAAGAAUUUGGAAAAAUUUCUGAUACAAACAAACCUAUUUGGAUGCUUGCAGAAGAACGUCAGUCCGGUCAGUUAACCAAUGCGAAUAAAGAUAUUAGUGAAAUUGUUCAAUCAAUGUGGUCACGUAUUUCUCGUUCAGAAAAUCCAACUGUCGGUACAACUCUUCGAAAUUUGGUUGCCCUUUAUCGUAGACAAGGUAAAUUCGAUGCGGCUGAUAUAAUUGAUGAGUGUGCUUCAUACUCUAAGACGUCAUCAUCUGUUUCUGAACCUGACUAUGAACAGCUGGAACAUAAGCCACGAUUUCCAAUCAAUGAUCAAUAUCCUAGGCGAGGUUAUCCACGCCAUCCAUAUCAGCGUGUUGAAGAUAGAUCUAUGAUCACUUCUUCACGUAGUCUACUUGGUCCUCCGAAUGGUCACCCUAUCAAUAGACGAUCAUUUCCUCCUAGUCGUGGGUUUUUCAGCAUCAAAAAGGCCCAAUCAAUGUCAACCCUACCAGGAAGCUCUAAUAAUAAGAUGUUUUAUAUGCAGCAGGAAAGGCUUAGACAACUGCGUAGUGGUUCAACUAAUCCAAAAGAAAUUUAUUCCCAAGAUGGUCAUACUAAUAACAGUAAUAAUUAUUUUCCCCUUGAUGGCUAUGGUACACGAUCCCAAUAUAUGUUUGACUUCAAUCCAUCUUUAAACAACAGUUUGAAUCAUUAA